AUGUGCCGGGGCAACACGAUGGAGUCUAUGGCGCCUCGCUGCGUGGUGCUGGUCGACCCUUACUCCACUGGAGCCAUGCUGGCGCCCGAGCUUGAUCUGCGAGGCUACACGGUCAUUGCCCUCUGGACCAAGGAGUGUGGUGAGAACCGUGGGCACCUGCCCAAGGCGGCCGAGGGCUUUCCCGAAAAGUUCCUGGCAGAGGUGGACGAGCAAGACACCUUGGCCCUCACCGCCGGCGCGCUGCGCAAGGCGGCGAACUGCAGCGAACCGCUGGCGUUGAUCUGCGGCGGAGAGACAGGCGUAAAGCUGGCAGAUGCUUUGUCGGAGCACAUGGGGCUCCGGGGCAACACCACGAAAGGCGGCAUGGCGAACCGCCGCGACAAGCAGGUACAGCAGGAUGCAGUGAAGGCCUUUGGCUUGCGUUCCGUGCGCUCUGUGUGCGGCAGGGCCUGGGAGGAGGUGAAGGAUUUUGCGGAGAUGGAGGUGCUGCCAAUGAUUGUGAAGCCUGUGGAGUCUGCAGGAUCUGAUGGGGUGAAGCUGUGCCACAGCCUGGCAGAGGUGGAGGAGCACUUUCAGCUGCUCAUGACCUCCCAGCGCAAGUGCGGCGCCCAGGGGGCAGCUGUGCUACUGCAGGAGUACCUCAAGGGCACGGAGUACAUCGUGGAUCAUGUGUCCCGCGACGGCGUGCACAAAACCACCAUGGUCUGGGUCUAUGAUCGCCGUCCUGCCAAUGGUGCUGGCUUCGUGUGCUUCGGGCAGCAAUGCGUGUUGCCUGACAGCCCCGUGGCCCAGGAACUCAUUGCCUACACCCGGGGUUGCCUGGACGCGUUGCGCAUCACCGAUGGCGCCACUCACACGGAGGUGAUGAUGACUGAGACGGGGCCCUGCUUGGUGGAAGUGAACAGCCGUUGCCAUGGAGCUGCGGGUUCCUGGAUGCCCUUGGCGCGAGCCAUGACAGGCUACACGCAGGUCGAUGCGUGCGUGGAUGCCUUCCUGAAUGCUGAGGCCUUCGAGCGCCUUCCUGACGUGCCACCUCCGUUUCUGGCAUCAGGACAGGUGUCCAUGCUGAUCUCCUACCAUGAGGGCCAGGUAGAAGCCACGCAGUUUCAGAAGGUUCGAGAGCUCCAGUCUGUGGUGUUUCUGGAGGAGAAUCUUCAUGCAGGCCAUCGCGUGGAGAAGACCAUCGAUCUCUUCAGCCUCGUGGGGAUGUGUGUCUUGGUGCACUCCGACCCGACCGUGUUGGCCAGUGAUCUGGAUUGCAUCCGCCAGAUGGAGCACGAAGAAGCGUCGAUCCCCGUGAGGUUCGAGGUCGGCGAGAAGGGGAACCAGAACGACGUGAACCUCCUCACGGGGCACAUCGAGGAGGCCGACGAGGAAGGGCGGCCGAUCGAGAUGCCCUCGGCCCGUGAGCAAGACAGGAGUACGAGUGGCCCUGUGGGGGCGACGCACUCCUCCGAGUCAAAGCAGCAGCCCAUGAUCGAGUGGGACCUAUGCCGAGACAUGAAGGACAUGCUUGCCGUGCGCGAUCCUACCACUGGCGAGGUGCGCGCGGUGGCCCUCCUUCUGCGCUGGAUCUUCUUGGCAGGCAUGUUCACGUUUAUCUUCUUCGGCUUCUCCAUCUUCCACUGGCACCUGCACUACUUGAUUCACCCCUCCGGGGGGUCGCAG